AGCCGUCGUCCCCUCGGCUGCGAGGCUUUGCUUUUAACUCUCCGGUGACACUAGGAUCGGAGGGUUUCCGGCCGGAAGCCAUUAGAUAGGACACCCGGAAGGCGGAAGUUCUAGAACGGAAGUGAUCGAGAGAAACGGAGAAUGGCGGCGGAAGGUUGUAUUUGGCGCUGGGGCUGGGGCCGGCGGUGCCUGGGCAGGCCUGGGCUUCCCGGCCCCGGCCCUGGCCCCACGACACCUCUACUCCUUCUCCUGUUGCUGGGGCCGGUGACUGCGGAUAUAACUGAUGGCAACAGUGAACAUCUCAAGCGGGAACACUCGCUUAUCAAGCCCUACCAAGGGGUCGGUUCCAGCUCCAUGCCCCUCUGGGAUUUCCAAGGUAGCACUAUACUCACGAGCCAGUACGUGCGUCUGACUCCUGAUGAGCGAAGCAAAGAGGGCUCUAUCUGGAACCAUCAGCCUUGCUUCCUCAAGGACUGGGAGAUGCAUGUCCACUUCAAAGUUCACGGUGCUGGGAAGAAGAAUCUCCACGGAGACGGCAUCGCCUUAUGGUACAGUCGGGACCGCCUCGUGCCAGGGCCUGUGUUUGGAAGCAAAGACAAUUUCCAUGGCUUAGCCAUCUUUCUGGACACAUACCCCAAUGACGAGACCACAGAGCGCGUGUUCCCGUACAUCUCGGUGAUGGUGAACAAUGGCUCCCUGUCCUACGACCACAGCAAGGAUGGCCGCUGGACCGAGCUGGCUGGCUGCACGGCCGACUUCCGCAACCGCGAUCAUGACACCUUCCUGGCGGUGCGCUACUCCCGGGGUCGUCUGACGGUGAUGACCGACUUGGAGGACAAGAACGAGUGGAAGAACUGCAUUGACAUUACGGGCGUGCGCCUGCCUACCGGUUACUACUUCGGGGCCUCGGCUGGCACCGGCGACCUGUCUGACAAUCACGACAUCAUUUCCAUGAAGCUGUUCCAGCUGAUGGUAGAGCACACACCUGACGAGGAGAACAUUGACUGGACCAAGAUCGAGCCCAGUGUCAAUUUCCUUAAGUCGCCCAAAGACAAUGUGGAUGACCCAACUGGGAACUUCCGUGGCGGGCCCCUGACGGGGUGGCGAGUGUUCCUGCUGCUGCUGUGUGCGCUCCUGGGCAUCAUCGUAUGUGCCGUGGUGGGCGCCGUGGUGUUCCAGAAGCGGCAGGACCGUAACAAGCGUUUCUACUGAGCCGCGGCGCUCCGCCUGGGGACUGGCCUUCGGCCCCGGCACCGAUGUGAACUUUUCUUUUUACUGGGAUUGUCAAAGAACAACAAGACGACCUUAUUUCUUAACAGUUUCAAAGAAAUAGUUAAAGUAUUUUCGUACAUUUUGCUUCUUGCCCAGCAGGGACAGGCCGGAGGGCUGGGAGAAUAAGGAUUUGGUGUCCCCACAGCUGGGAACAGAAGCCCUUGCUGUUUGUCAGCAUCUCAGGAGCAGGGGUUCUGUACGUGGAGCUGCACUGAGGCCUGGCACUUUUGACACUGGAGGCCCUGCAGCCGUACGGGGGUGGAUGCCUGAGGACAUGAGCAGGGACUUGUUCCGCGCUGCAUGGCGUGUGUGGCAGAAGACGAGGCUGACUGGGAAGCUUGGCCUCUGUGUCCACUUCUGUGCUUCCUCCCGAGGAAGACCCUCCAGUGAGGCUGGAGGAGCAGUUUGGUGGGGCUCCAGUGUGACCAUUUGCUAAAUAAAGUGAGAUAGCCACCCUCA